AUGGUGCCAUCUGUGUUGUACUUUAUUUGUCUACUAGCAGCGACAACAGCCCAAGUGCUGGAGCUAAAUGAGGGAAAGGUUCAAGGAUUUGAGUAUAAAACGAAAAAAGGUGACAUUGCCGAAGUGUUUCUCAACAUACCCUUUGCCUUACCACCCAUUGGUGAGCUUAGGUUUGAGAGACCGCAACCGCCAAAACCAUGGGCUGAUGUCCGCAAUGGCACCAUUUUUGGCGCUGCAUGCAUUCAAAUCGUUCCCGAGGCUGCAUUUACGCGCUCACUUGAAAUCAGCGAAGACUGUCUCAGUUUGAAUAUAAUAAGACCCAAGACGAAGGGUUCAAGAAAUUUUCUGCCCAUACUUUUUUACGUGCAUGGCUCAGCAUACGAGAUGUUCUCGGCUGUGGAAUGUGGAUAUAAAGGAUUUGCUGAAAUGUUUGCAGACAGAGAAGUCAUUGUUGUGACAAUACAGCAUCGCCUAGGA